UAUUUCCCGCCCCCACACUUAAACUACCAUUUUCAAUGUUCUUCCGCUGCCUCACAUCACCAAUUACAUACCCCUCUCUCUCUUUCUCUCUCUUGGUGAGUAGCAGCCAUGGCGAGCAGUGAUGCCGUUCUCCGAUUUUCUCUGGUUUGCGUGGGCGCGAUAGUCUUGUUAAUCGGCAUCUACACUCACUCAUUCAAGAAGAUGAUCGUCACUUACCUCUUUGGCCUCUUCGCCAUUGCUGGUGUGCUUCUUCCCGAUUGGGAUUUCUUCGAUCGUGAUCUCUCUCAAUGGUCUACCCCUGUUCCUGGCCAUAUCAACACCCCCACUACUAUUUCUCCUCAGACCUUUUGGUUCUCUAGGUUCAGGAUCUAUCCCUUGAGACUGAUUGUGUACACCAGUCUCUAUGGUUAUGGUCUGUAUAAGUGGUGGAUGUUUGUAUCCAGCUAAGUGGGUUACUAUCAUCUCUUCUUUUCAAUGCAAUACAAUUUGGGAUUAAGACAAAUUAUUAGAUGUUUACCCUAUCCUGUAAAUUGAAAACUCUGCAUUUUCUUUUGUCUCCAUCUAUGAUCUUCUGCAAAUGCUUAUAGAUGCUUGGUUCCUAAUUUUGUAUCUCUCACAUAUGGUGGUAUUGAUAAAAGAUGUUAACAGAAACAA